AUGGAACAUUCACGAAAUGUUCUGAACACUGUACUUUUGCCCCGACCUCGUCCUAUAAGACUUCCCCCUAUCACAGGCCCAUACCCCCCACCACCGCUUCCUUCCUCAACUCCGAGUGAUGACGAGGGUGUACCCCCUCUCCAUAUCGCUCUUUCAUGUCCGCCCAGAUCCACCCCAUCUGCCAACAAACGAUGUCAGCCGCCACCUUCUGAUGCUGACAAAAUGACUUCUACUCAUGCAAAGAAGCUGAAAAACGCGAUGGAACCUGUUUCGAGGUCAACCAAACAUACUGGCAACAAUGGGAAAGACAAAGACGAACGAGUACCAAAGAAGGGAAAGGGGAGGACAACAGAUGCCAUGCAGUAUAGCAACAAUAAGAUGCAUCAACUUCUGGAUCUGUUCCAGAAGUAUCUUCCAAUGGGUACUUGUGGAUGGGAAGCUGUCUUACAGGAGUACAAUAAAUGGGCGAAGAAAAAUGGAUAUACGGAAUGGGAAUGGCAACCACUACAAACCAAGUGGAGUAAUAUGGUCAAGAUUGCUACUGAACAUCCCACAGGAGAUGCAGACUGCCUCGAAAUAUAUGAGGAAGUCAUUGUUGCUGACAACAAGGUAAACAAGUGGGUUGUGGUUGGGGAACUUCAGGACAGCUCCGAGUCUGAGGAUGGCAAUGACAGAAAGCCGGUGAUCGACAUCUCCUCAGAUGAAGAGCAGGGUUCUGUAGUGGAGGUCAAGAAAGAGAAGGGGAUGGGAAAAGAGAAGAGAAACAACAAAGGACUAGCCACGACAAAGGCGUUUCGUAUCGAAGCACCCCUUCCUUCUAACAGCAACAGUAAUGGAAGUCGGACGUCUCAUGCUUGGAAGGCUACAGAGGUUCUACAGAGUAUAGCAGCAGCAGCAGAUCCCCAACACCAGCAUCAACUUCAGGAGCAGUGUACAUCGAGCACCCUUCAAGUCAUCCAGUACCAACACCUUCAGUCUCAAGUUUCGAGCCUUAGACAGCAGGUUAGUGAGCUCACUAACCGACUCCAAUAG